UAUACAUUUAAUAACUUAGGAAUGUCUUAUAUAUAAUGGAUACCUCAAUUUUAUGCAUUUAAUUUGAGGAAGUUUGUUCUUAAACAUGGAGAAGGCUUUAAAUGAGUUUUCUCUACUGUGGAAUGAUGUUGGCAUCUUUAACGAUAUAUCAAAAAUAACAAAUAAACAGAAGGUUGAGACAGAAGAGGUUAAAACUGAAACAGCCACUCAUCAAAAUGAUGAUUUGAUAAAUGACAUAUCAAAGAAAUGGAAUCUAGAGGCUUUCGAGAAGAACGACGAGAUGAUAAGAUUACACGAGAACAUAUUAAAUAAUCUAAGCGAAUUAACCAUUCGUGAGAUAUCUUUACACUCAAAUUUUAAAACCUUGAAUGAAAAUUAUAAUAAUUUACUAAACUUGCAAUCUCAACUCAACUCUAAGAUUAAGAAGGUUGAGUCAAUUUAUAGCCAUUACAGUAAUAUGAACUUGGUAAACGAGUUUAAUAACAAUUUCUUCAAUAUUAAUUUCAAUGACUCUAAGUUGCUAUGCCAAUUCCUAACAAAGGUCAAUGAGAUGUUAGUUCUAAUAGUGAACUCAAUCAACUUUUUCACACUUAACAACUAUUAUAAAUCUGAAGUUUAUAAAAAUAAGUACCAACAGCAACUUAAAACUAUUUUAUAUAAUAUAAAGUUGCUGUUUAAAUUUAUUUUCAAAUACCACGUUAGAAUUGGACAAACUAAUAGGGAUUUAAAUUCUGAAAGUUCCUCACUAGAAUUUGAAAACUCCCCUGAAUUAAUUAAUAGUAAAAAUAAUUUAGUUGAUGAUGACCCAGCUAAUGAUGUUCUGGUAAUUAAAAUCCUAAAAUUAAUGAACAAAAUAAUGUUAAAUAUGAAUAAUGACGAUGAUGUCAUACAAAUUAAGCUCUACUAUAUUAAUAAUAUUGUCAACUCACAGCUUAAAAGCACUAGUUUUGAUUUGGAUAUUGAGAAGAAUAGUGAAUCAGACUCCAAUCCUCUAUUGGGUGAGAUUAAAUCUCUGAUAAAUAAACAAUUUUUGUACUAUAAUAUACUAUUUGAAAAUGUGAUUAUCGAGGAUAAAGAAGAAAUAAUAACCCUAUUAGUUAAUAAUAUAAAAUCGCAAUUUAAUUAUAAGGGACAAGAUUUAGAAGAUUAUAAACACUUUUUGUUAAACAACUCCUUCCCAGAUGAUGAUAAUUCAAACAUAGAUAAACAAUUUAGUUGAUCUAACCGCUAUAUUUAAUGUAAU